AUGAUUAAUUCAACAGGACCACGACCAGAAUCAUACAGGGAAGAUAUCGAGGCAGCAAAAAACUUUAAAACUGAAAAUGACAAAGAAAAUUUUUAUUCAGAGAUCAAGGCGGCAGCUGAAUCUGGUUGGGACUUUUCUAGUCGUUGGUUCAUCCUUAACGGAACGAAUAAAGGAAAAUUCAAAGAUACAAAAACUAGAUCUAUCGUCCCUGUAGAGUUGAACGCAUUAAUAUUUUGGAAUUCGAAGAUAUUGAGCAAUUUCUACAGGGAACUGAAUAAUACCAUCAAAGCUUUGGAAUAUGAAGUCAUUGCUAUGGAAUGGACGAAUGCUGUGACUGCAGUUCUAUGGAACGAGGAAGUGGGUGCCUGGCUGGAUUUUGACUUGCUUAAUCACAAAAAACGAAACUAUUUUUACCCAACUAAUAUAUCACCCUUAUGGACGGGAUGUUAUGACAAAAACCAAACAGAUUAUUUUGACUGA